AUGCGCGAGGAUGAUUCAGCACCAUCCAGCGCACGUUCAUCACCACGGUCACGAGGUGUGACCCCAGCGCCGGCCCCGUCUCCCACUGAAUGUCGUCGCAUAUUCGACUCACGUGCUUCUAUUGUGCUCGUAGGUAUUCCAGGCGCAGGCAAGUCGACGCUGUCGUUGAUGGCAGCAGCGGCUUGUCAAAGACGAAUUGUGGACAUCGAGACUCUGUUCAGCCAGGCCACAGGACGUUCAAUGACAGAGUAUCAAAAGCAAUUUGGAGGCUCCAAUCGUAAUUUACGGCAUGCUGAAGUGCUACAAAACGCUCUUCACACCUUUGACAAGGGCGCCAUCAUCGUGUGCAAUGGCAUCUAUCGACUAGAUGCGAAGAGCCAGGCUAUAUUGCACGAAUUUGCGAAGACACAUCCAGUAAUCCACGUUCUGCGCGAAUCGCGCAGUGUGUAUCAGUAUCUUGAUACUGCCGAAGAGUCGAAGCUCCAGCAUGUACUCGCUGUGAGCACCCCAACCUUCAGGAGGUGUUCCAACUACGAGUUUUACAAUCUUGACGAAACCCGAGCUGCACACCAUUCUGUGACACCAGCGCAUCAACCCGCAGUUCCGGCAUUUUUGACACUCAAAAGGGCUGAAAGAACCUUCUUCAAGUACCUCUCGCUCAUCCUAUCAAGCCAAAACACCCAUGGCAAGGUCCAAAGCGCGACGCCUCCUAUAGAACCUGGUCAUUUUCCGCUAUCGUAUCUCGCGACUGAGCAGCGAAGCUACACAUGCGCUGUUCAAGUUUUGCUCUCUGAUGUCGUUUUGGAGGAGAUCGAUAUUGAAGAGCUUGAGUUUGGCUGUGACGCCUUUGAGCUGGUCGUGGAACCGGACCAGCUUACCCUUCAUCGAGCAGAGGACAUCACUAAAAGCAUAUUCAAAGUUCGAAGAAGUACAGUAAUUCCGAUCAUAUACCACGUCAUGCCAGCCGGUAGAAGUCUGGAGUAUGCAAAGUCUUCUUACCUAUCGAGCGUGCGCCACGGCCUCCGCAUGGCACCAGAGUUCGCGACGAUUGAUUUGACCAUGGAUGAAGAAGACAUCAUGGCAAUAGUUCUAGCCAGAGGUUCCACCAAGAUCAUCGGCCAUCUUCAUUCUGACAAGGACUGGUAUCAUCCGUUCUGGAUCGAGAAGUACAACAUGGCCAUGCAAUUAGGGUGCAGUGUUGUCCGCUUCACUCGUCCUGCGAAAUUCAUGGACGACAACGCCGCAAUUCAAAGUUUUAGGAACACGAUAUUUGCUAAACCCAGAAAAAUCCCUUUGAUAUGUUACAACACCGGUCGAGCAGGUCGCCGCUCUGCUUGCUUCAACCAGGUGUUGACACCUGUUAUUCCGGAAGCACUCAUGAAAGACGGCGCAGACUUCGAAAAGCGGGUUCGACAUAAUCCGGAGACAUCUUGGCUCACCGUACAGGAAGCUACACAUAUCCUGUACGCUUCCUUCACAUACGAUCCUAUGGAGUUCUAUAUCCUGGGAGCCAGCGCCGGAUACAGUCUAUCGCCAGUAAUGCACAAUGCAGCUUACAAGACAUGCGGCAUGCCACAUCACUUUGAUCGACUCCAGACCACCACUCUGAACGACAGUCUAGCAGAAUUGCUUCGCAAGCCAAAUUUUGGUGGCACAGCAAUCAGCCAGCCAUUCAAGAUCAAAGCCAUCUCCCUAGCACACUCUAUCAGCCGACAUGCCCAAGCAAUCGGAGCGAUCAACACCUUGAUACCAGUUCGCCAUCUCAACGAUGAUGGCAGCGUGCCUGAUGCGGAUGAUAUUGAGCUUUUCCAAGAACGCAACCAAGCAGGUCCGGUCAAAGCUCUGUACGGUGACAACACAGACUGGAUUGGCAUUCGCUCAUGUAUCCGGCGUAGCUUGUCACCCGCGAACGCAGUGCGGCCAACUACUUGUGGGCUCAUCAUAGGCGCUGGUGGUAUGGCGCGUGCAGGUGUCUACGCGCUUCUGCAGCUGGGUGUUAAAGACAUUGUAAUAUUCAAUCGCACGUACGAGAAUGCGGAGAAGCUUGUAGCGCACUUCACACAGCUCACGUCAAAACCUUCAGCUGCCAAGCUCUUCCCGUCUUUCGUCCAAGCAUCGCAGCCGUCAUUCCAGAUUCUCCGAUCUCGAGAAGAGACUUGGCCAGAGCACUUUCAUCCCAUUGGCGAUACUCCUUCACCGCAAUUCACCCUGCCUCCACACUGGAUGCAAUCGCCAACCGGUGGAGUCGUGGUCGAGCUUACGUAUAGAACACUCAACACGCCUUUAAUGAAGCAAGUUCGAGAAGAAGCUUCAGCAUCGUGGAUAUGUAUGGACGGCCUGGACUUGCUUCCCGAGCAAGGUUUCGCUCAAUUCGAAUUGUUCACUGGACGAAGAGCACCACGCAGGAUAAUGCGAGAAGAGGUCCUGAAGUGCUGGACUGACGAGCAGGGACAUUCGAACCCGACAAUGGUCAGGACGAGGCUGGAAGCUAUGGAGGGACAGGAGCCUUGA